UCGGCUACCAACAGCAAAAUAAAGUGUGCAUUGCUCCUUUAAAUACCAUUAUCUGUCCUCCAAUCCAACAUUGAUCAUUCCCUACUUUCUCUCUCUUCAUUUUUCUUUUGCAAAAUCACCCCGCCGCCUCCUCAUCACUCACCAUCCCUUCAAAAUCCCGCCAUUUUCUAGUUUUGAUCAUUCUUAUUUGAUCAUUUCUCAACCUCUCAUUCUCCUUUCUUCGCUCAACUUAUCUACAAUAUUAAAAACCUUCGAAUUUCUCUGAUCAUCAUGUUAGAUCUAAAGUGUUCAGUUUCUGAAUCACAGAGUAGUAGUUUUGAAUUAAAGAGAUGUACUGACUGUCAAACAACAACUACUCCUUUAUGGCGAGGCGGUCCUGCCGGACCUAAGACAUUAUGCAAUGCAUGUGGAAUUAAAUACCACAAGAGGAGAAGAGCGCUAUUAGGAUUAGAAAAAGGAAAAGUAGACAAAAACAAGAAAAAAACCACCAGCAGCAAUGGAAGUAGUAGUAGUAGUAGUAACAAUGGCGGCCUUGGAAUGCCGUUUAAGAUCAAAGUGAUUAGACAAAGUACUGAUAAUUUCCGAGACAAAUUAGGAGAGGUUGAACAAGCGGCUAUGCUUCUAAUGGCUUUGUCUUAUGGCUCUGUUUAUGCUUAAUUAAUUAAUUAGUUUAGUUUGCUGAGACGAUUUUUUCCUUUGUAUGGUCCAAUAUUGCCCUUUCCGCUAACCCUAUCCGACCCGACCCUACCUUACCCGAUAACGCAAUCUUGUAACCCUAAUUUUCCUUUUGAAUUUUAUCUAUUUUCUUCCGAUUUUACCCUUGCCAAGUUUGGCUUCCAACGGUAUCCACUAUUUAUGGUUUUUUAUAUUCUGCUAUUUUCAAUGACGAGGGCAAUGUUGUAAAUUUAGAUAGCGAGUGGUGGUGUUUUGAUAAUCGACUAAUUAUAAAGAAAUUCGUUAUUUUAGUGCA